CUCAGUAAGUUUGUUGAGCUGUAGUGUUAAAGUUUUUCCAAUAAUUGUGAAUUUCUUGGCUGUUGCUUAAAAAUUUAUCAUGCCAUGGGCAAAGGGUAUUUUACUUUUCACAAUGGCUGUUGUGAUACAGAGUUCUUCUUUAAGGGCUGAUCCUGAGGCCUUUUUUGAAGCAGGUGCUGCUUAUGGAGUCUCGGAAAACACUAUCCGUUUUGGGAAACUUUUAAUUGGUGGUCAAGGUUCAGUCUCUUAUAAUAAUGUGAAAACAUCUGUGUUGAGGUCAGCAGAGUCUGAAGGGCACCAGUCAAAUGGAGAAGUGUGGUUUCACCCUGCUAGCACUAAGCUGCACCGCCUGGGUUCUUUUGUGCAAUGUAGCAAUGAUUCAAUGACCUUGCGUAUUCCAGGACAGAGAAUGCCACAGUUUCUGGUUGACCGAGGAGAGGAGUCACCAAUGCCUUUGUCUGAGAUGCCAGCUAGCUGUGGUUUCUCACUGAAGCGGGCACGCAGGGAUGUCUCUCUUGUUGCUCCAUAUCGGGGCUGUCAUGUCAGACAACAGGGUGCAAGAUAUAUUCUGCCACUCAUUAUAAUGGGAGCUCCAGUGCAAGUGUCUUGCCCUGUGAGUCCUCUCCUCCCUACUGUGUCCUGCUUCUCCUCUGGCAUGAUUGUCAAAUUGGGUGUCAGGGCAGAUGUUAAAGUUAAAGUUGAUGGGUCAUGGCAGCCUCUGCUCCUAACAUGCUCUCAAUGCUCAUUUACAAUUGAGGCUACUGCUGGUUUGCUGGUGGUCACUGCACCAUUCACCGGAAGCUGUUGGGAACUGACGGAUACUGAAAGGCGAAUCCCUUUGAUGUAUGGUGACCGGGAAGUGACCCUUUCCUGUCCUCUGACACAGCCAACUGUAGCCCCAACCACAGCCCCAACCACACCUGCUGUCCAUGACCCAAUUGACAUGCAGCAGAUGUUUGACCGUUUCCCUUUUGGAAGACCCUGGCAGUAUCCUCCAUAUCCUGGUGUACCUGCUACCCUGCCUCCCACUGUGCCACCUACAACGACUACAACUGCUCCUCUUCAAUAUCCUUUCCAGCAACACAUGUUCCCUCACAAGUAUCCCAUGCCAAUAUUUGAUCCCUUUUACUCUAAAGGUGACCCAGCUGCUCCCCCAGCACCACAACAUCCCUGGUACCCAAAUUUCCCGCCUUACAUGAGUGGCUUCCAAAGCCCAGUUGAAGUGACCACUCCUGCAACGACCACAACUACCCCUGCCCCAUACCAGCCUGAGCACCAGUAUCCAGGUUAUCCAAUGUACCCACCAUUCUAUGGUCAACGACCCAUCAAGUCUCUUGUGCCUCCAACUGUGAAAUACCCUUUCAUGCCCCAGUAUCCUAAGGAUCCAAUCUUUGGUCCCCGCAGCCCAAGAUCAGUGUCUUCUCCUGCACGGUUAUCCACAGCCUACAGGUCUCGUAUGUAACCACUUGACUGGGCAGAUGAGUGGACUCUGAAGGGGUGUUGCUCUUAUUGACACCAGAAUGAAUUAACUGACAUCAAUAGUUGUUUGGUAUUGGCCUAAUAAAGCUUUGAAUUCA